AUGUACGGUCGAGGUGGUGCAGGCAACAUUGCGCAAGCGGCGGCAACAAGCAAGAAAGCCGCAGAGGACACCGAAGCCGCCAACCCCCCUGCCACGACGCCCUCAGCGCCGACCGAAACCGCCCAGAGCGCGUCGCAGGAGUAUGCACACAUGGGCCGCGGCGGAGCGGGGAACUGGUUCCAACCGUCGAACCUGUCCAAGGAGGGCACCUUCUUCCAAGGGUCCGCCGACGCUACUGCUGCGCCCGCAAGCGUGGAACGAAACGUCAGCAAGCCGUGGACGCCGGAGGGCCAAGAGUUGCCGGUUGCGCGGCAGGGGAGGGGCGGCGCGGGGAACAUGGUGUGGAAGAGCGAAGCCAUGUGGAGGAAGGAGAAGGAGGACGAGCAGAGGAGAAAGGAGGAGAUUGAGAGAGAGGCACAGGAGGCAGCAGGCGGGCUGCAGAGCCCCGGGAAGGCGGUGUUUGGGACGCUGAAGGGUGGGAGGGGGUGGUAG